AUGUUGGCAAUUUUUAAGAAAUCGAUCGCAACGAUUCCGUUGCCUGAGUACGUGACGUACGCCGAGAAUUCUGUUUCCGCCAUUGAAGAUGACGAUCUUGUGAAGUUCUUUGCGGAAAAUUUUCCAGAAUCAUUCGCCAUUGACAUGAGGCCUUCGUGUUAUCUUCGUGCUACGCCCAAUAAUCUGGAACCAACAAUUCCACGUCUUUUUGCUGCAAAAGACGACAUCUUUUGUAUCUUUCAAGGAAAGAUUGAUAACUUGGGAAGCUUGGAAGACAUGGACAUCAACGAAGAAGAAGCAGAGCCAGUAAUACUCAUCGAUGGUUGCUACCUAAACUCCAAAGAAGGCCCUGGGCUGAGAAUGUUGGAUGCCCCUGAGAUAAUGGCAGAUCCGGAGAGCAUGCUGGACAUGUUUGAAGACGAGAUGUUUCUAAUUGAAGAUGACGAAAUGUUCCAAGAUGGUGGAGAGAGCUCGCAUGGAAGCAACUGA